CCACGUGUCCGGAUUGUCAACAACCCGUUCCCAGAUCAUCUCUGUGCGUCCCAGGAAUAUACCGUCACAUGUUAAGGAAGACUCCACAUGUCUCAUAUCACCUGGGUUAAUUUUACAUCUGAGACUUAAAAUCUCGGAACUUAUUAACUUCCACGAUAAUCUCUGUUAUAUAGUUGGCAGUAUCAACUCGACGUACUCUGUGCCCAUUCUUCUCAACGUAGCCGAUGCAUUUGUCGGCAUAACAGUGUCUCUGUUCUGUUCGUACUUCUUUCACGUGCUGGAAAGCUAUGGAUCGUCUGUAUACAUAUUUGUAUUAGUAAUAUACAGGAGUCUGAUGAAGCUGCUGGUACUGUUGUUUGCUUGCACGACUUGCACUGAGGAGGGCAGUCGAACCGCAUUUCUUGUGCACAAAAUUCUAACGAAGACGAGGGACCCUGAGCUCAGGGAGGAGCUACAGAUAUUUUCCCUUCAGUUGCUACAUCGGAAGGUCCAGUUCACGGCCUGCGGGUUCUUCCCGCUUGACUUCUCACUGCUUUAUUCGAUCGUGGGAGCCGUGACAACGUACCUGGUUAUACUGAUUCAGUUCCAGUUGGCCGUGCCAAACACUAAUCGGAACGAAACUACGUCUCAUGGAAGGGGUACAGCGUAACGGCAGAGACAUUCAUGCUAUAAAUCAAGGGAAAGCAAUCUGCGGCCGCAUGUGGCCCGUCACAUAAUUUGGGAAUCUGCCAGAGCGAGAAGGACAUAAAGUUCUGCCGCUGAAAACAUUGAUUUCCGUCAUUUGGAGCCCCCAACUUUAAAAUCUCGUCUGUUCAGUUUUGAAAAUGUGUUUAUAGUUAUGGUAA